AUGCUCUGGUACUCGAUAGCGUCGGUUGUGGUCGUCCAAGCUCUUCUGGCAGUACGGGCGAACGCGCAGAGCACUAGCUGCGAGAAUGGCGGGUUCGUGAACGGCUCUAGCUGUGCCUGUCCACCUGGUUUCGGAGGGACAACUUGUGCCGACCUAGCUUGUGGAGGCACAAUCUUCGAUGGCUCGAACCGCAAGUUGAUCUCAAACCCGACCAGCUCAACUUUUGCGAAUCUCACUGCCAGUGGAUGCGCGUGCGAGAACGGCUGGUCGGGUACGGGUUGCAACGUCUGUCGGAUAUCCUCGGCAUGCCAAUCCGGGUUCGCGAACUCGGCGGCAGGCAAGGCGAGCGCGACCUCAAGCUCAGGACUUUCGGGUGACCCAGCGGGGCAGAACGAUACGCUGGUCUGCAACACUGAUCCUCGGGUAUGGGCCGCUGGAGAGCUCAGCUGUGAUGUUCGCCAUCCAACUAUACAAGCCACCUUCCCCCUUGGAUCUACUCUCACCGUUCUGCGCUCCCUCAAUACCUCCUUCACUCCUAUCCCAAAUGUCACUGCCUUUGGGCCUGCCGGCUCUGGCACACUCUACGCACAACUGUUUUACGCCGGCAUCGAGCAGUUCUACUGCUCCGCAUCGUCCUGCACACAAACCGUUGCCUCGGACGGCUCCGCCGACUGGAAGUGCGCCGACGUAUCGUGCACCUGCAUCAAAGGAACAACGUACUGCGGCAACGGCGGCCUUGAUCUCACGGGCACCAUCGACGGGCUCAGCGGAGCGCUGGAGGUGCAGUGCGGAGCCGUAGACGCCUCCAACGGGACGGCCAGCUGCGCAUUCAAGCAGAGCCUCAUUGACGGUAUAUUCGGCCAGUCCGGCCUCCCGUUGGCCGGAUGCACGUUCGGAGAAUGCGUUAGCCAGGGUGUCAUCGACGUAUUAUCGGGUAAUAAUUCGCUGUCGGACAGCAACGGCAAGAAGGGCGGAAGUUCGCUUGGCGGAGGAGUGAUCGCCGGUCUGGCGGUCGUUGGUGCUCUGGUUGCGCUUGCGCUGCUCUUCCUUUUACUCGGCUGCAUCAGCCAAAGGAAGGCGCGGAAGGGCGACAGUAGCCUGGACGCCGGAAAGCAAGUCAAUGUUCAUUGGAGCGGUGUCAGUUACACAGUCCGCGGUGCGAGCGGUGACAAUCUUCUAGGAGCUCUAAAGUUCGGACGGAGCAACGCCAAUGACGACAAAGUCAUUCUUGACGGCGUCAGCGGAAAGAUUGCCGCAGGGCAGAUGAUGGCAAUAUUGGGGCCCAGCGGCAAGUGUGCUGGUAAGACAACGCUAGUCGAAAUUCUAGCAGGCAAGAGCAAGUCAGGCCAAAUGACGGGUACCGUUGCUUUCCCAAGAGGCUCGGCCUCCGUCGUAUCCUCUCGCGACCGUAUCCGCAUCGGCUUCGUCCCGCAGCAGGACAUUCUUCCUCCGCUCCUGACAGUCCGUGAAGCCAUAUUCUUUGCGGCGAACCUCCGUCUUCCCGAAUCUGUCCCCCCUCAUGAAAAGGUAGAGAUAGUGGAACGAGUCAUCCAGACGCUUGGCCUGGAAAAGGUUAGGGACGUACGGAUAGGGGACGGAGAGAAACGAGGGAUCAGUGGCGGCGAGAUGAGGAGGGUCAGCAUCGGUCUGGAGCUUGUCGCCCGGCCAGAUGUUUUGAUCUUGGACGAGCCGACGUCGGGGUUGGACUCGGUGUCCGCGUCGAAAGUCGCAAACGUCUUGCGGUCUGUUGCACACGACACCUCCAACCCGAUCCCUGUAAUUGCAUCGAUCCACCAGCCAAGUUCACAGCUCUAUCAAACAUUCGACCAGGUUAUGGUCCUGUCACAUGGCCAGGCACUCUACUCCGGCCCAGGUGCACUUGCCCCCGCAGAAUAUUUCGCUGCACGCGGCAUCCCGCCCCUACAGGAAGGCUAUAACGUCGCCGAUUAUCUCUUGGAAGUCGCCAGCGACGCGCCGGUCUCUUUAUACCAGAGCAAUAACGACGUAUACCAAAACGGGAGCGGUACGAAGAGCCGAUCUACCGAUGACUACGUGGAUGGAAGUGAGAAGGUCAGGAAUGGGCAGGGAGACGUGCAACUGGCUACAAUGGAAUCCGGCCUGGUCGGCAAAGAGCACGGGAAGGCAGACGGCAAGGGAACGAACAGACGGUCGAGGGCGACGUAUGCGGCGACGUUCUUGACGCAGUUCGAGGCUCUUUCGUGGAGAGAGUGGAAGAUCUUGAAGCGGGACAAAACUCUCUUCCUGACGCACGUCUGCGUAGCAUCUGUGCUGGGCGUCUUCGUGGGCGGUUUGUACUUCAACACCGGUAUAACUAUCGCAGGAUUCCAGUCCAGGGUCGGAUGUCUGUUCUUCUUGGGCGCGCUCGUGGCAUUCUCAUGUUUGAGCGCCCUAUACAACGUCGUCGCGACUCGUCCCCUGUUUCUGCGCGAGCGCUCAAAUGGCUACUACAGCCCUGUCGCCUGGCUACUGGUUCGCAUCGUCUUCGACGUUAUCCCGUUGCGCAUUGUGCCCACCAUCCUGGUUUCGACGAUCACGUACUGGAUGGCCGGCUUGGCCGACGACGCAGCGCACUUCUUCAAAUUCCUUUUCAUCUUGGUCCUGUACACGCUCGUCAUGACCCUUUUCAACUUCCUGCUCGGCUGCCUCUUCCACAACGGUGGGAUCGCCAUCUUGCUUAGCGCCCUGACCGCGCUUUACCAGAUGACGUACGCCGGCUUCUUCGUCCAUCUGAACGAUAUUCCGCCCGUCCUCCGCUGGCUGCAGUGGCUCGCGCCGCUCAAGUACACCCUCGAGGCGCUCAGCGUGAACGAGGUCGGCGCGGGGCUGAUGAUCGAGGAUUCGCUCCAAGGCGUGCCGGUGGACGUCUCGGCGAGCUUGAUCAUGAAGACGUUGUUCGGGUUCCAGGACAAUGCGUACUACAGGGACGUGCUCGUACUGUUCGCGUUCAUCGCUGGUUUCGGGGUCAUGAUCAUCGGCACUGUUUGGCUCAGGGUUCGGGAGCGCCGUUGA